CUGCUCGCGCACUAACGGGGUUCCCUCCCCAGCUGUGGUGUUCUGAGGAUGAAGCCGAAGAGUCGACACUGACCCCCCCCACCCCACCCCACCACCACCAGCACCACCACCACUGGCCGGCUGCAUGCUGCUCUCCUGACGCUUCGAGGUUUUGCUGUCUGGCCCUCCAGCCGCUGGCUGCGAAUUAACUUCGUCCCCCCCCCCCCCUCCUUUAAUAUAUUUAUUUUAUAAAGAUGGCGGCGAGGGGGACACUGUGAACUCAAUGACUGUCAGAAACAUCGCCUCCAUUUGUAAUAUGGGCACCAAUGCCUCGGCUCUGGAGAAAGACAUCGGCCCGGAGCAGUUCCCAAUCAAUGAGCACUACUUCGGAUUGGUCAAUUUUGGGAACACAUGUUACUGUAACUCCGUGCUCCAGGCCCUCUACUUCUGCCGGCCUUUCCGGGAGAACGUGCUGUCGUACAAAGCCCAGCAGAAGAAGAAGGAGAACCUGCUCACAUGCCUGGCUGACCUCUUCCACUCCAUCACCACGCAGAAGAAGAAAGUGGGCGUCAUCCCGCCCAAGAAGUUCAUCUCCCGCCUACGGAAAGAGAACGAUCUGUUCGACAACUACAUGCAACAGGAUGCCCACGAGUUCCUCAACUACCUGCUGAACACGGUGGCCGACAUCCUGCAGGAGGAGAAGAAGCAGGAGAAGCAGAACGGGCGCCUCAAGAACAACGGCACCGCCGAGACCGAGACGGAGAACAAGUCGGAGCACAAGACGGAGCCCACGUGGGUUCACGACAUCUUCCAAGGCACGCUGACCAACGAGACGCGCUGCCUCAACUGUGAAACGGUGAGCAGCAAAGAUGAGGAUUUUCUGGAUCUUUCUGUGGAUGUGGAGCAGAACACAUCAAUAACACACUGCCUCAGGGACUUCAGUAACACGGAGACGUUGUGCAGUGAAUACAAAUACUACUGUGAGACGUGCUGCAGCAAGCAGGAAGCACAGAAGCGGAUGCGCGUGAAGAAGCUUCCUAUGAUCCUGGCGCUUCACCUGAAGAGGUUUAAGUACAUGGAGCAGCUGCACCGCUACACCAAGCUGUCCUACCGAGUGGUUUUCCCCCUAGAACUCCGUCUGUUCAACACGUCCGGGGAUGCAGUCAACCUGGAUCGCAUGUACGACCUCGUGGCUGUGGUGGUUCACUGUGGCAGUGGCCCAAACAGAGGUCAUUACAUCACCAUAGUGAAGAGUCAUGGCUUCUGGCUGCUGUUUGAUGACGACAUUGUGGAGAAAAUUGACGCCCAGGCCAUCGAGGAGUUUUACGGGCUUACCUCAGACAUCUCCAAGAACUCUGAGUCAGGAUACAUCCUCUUCUACCAGUCCAGGGAGUGACUGGACCUGGAUCAGUGCCACAGGGGAAGAGUAAAUAGGAUGAGACCUUGUUUUGCUCUUUUUACCUUCAGCCUAACAGACAUCCUGCUCCCAUUCUCCAAGUCAGACCUCUCUGAUGUGCCAAUCCUCUUUCCCAUCUCUCUGUAACUUCCUCCUUGCCUUUUAGUCACCUGCAUCUGGACUGCACUUUAAAAUCGAAAGCAAAAAAAUAAAUGACCGGAACAAAAAACGGAGCCCCACGCGCUCGGUGUCGACUGGUCGGAGAAGCCUGCAGAGAUGAUUGACUACCAGGAACGUGAUGGGAGGAGAAGGGUCUGGUGCACAGUCUGUUGUUGUUUGUCAUUUAUAUGUAGAUGCGGUCUUCUUCCAUGAUGUGUCACCCCCUCGUUAAAGGACCAGUGUGUAGGAUUUAGCGGCGUCCAGCGGUAAAGGUGCAACGGAUCAUAAUACUCACGGUCCGGAU